GUAACUAACUGCAACUCCCGAAUUUAAUUAAAAAAAAAAAAGCGAUCAAAAAGUCACAUCAAAACAAAAAUGGUACUGUUAAAAACGACAGAUUGGGGUGCAAACAAUGAGCUGCAUACAUGACCAUAUAAGGAGAAAUAAAGUUAUAGGGGUCAGAAUAGGACAAAAUUUCCCCCGCAUAUGUGUAGCCUGUGAUGUCACGCAUAUAUAAUUAAUUUGCAUAGCCAGAAUUUUUUGGGAAAGAAAGGUGGCAACACUAGCAACAUCACCACUGCCUGGGAACCCCAGAUAGCUCAGAAGACAACCAGAUAUCUAUGUAGGAGGACGGGGAUGACUACAACACAGAAAAACUGAAGAAGAAGAAAAAAAGGCUGGACAUGAUCAGAGACCAUUACUUAGGCUGCAGGGUUUCAUUUUUUGGUUCAGUAAUGACAGGUUUCUCCAGCCCAGGAUCCUCUGCUGAUAUCUUCUAUAUAAGAGAAGUUUCCUGAUCAACCAUGGAGAGAGACAGGAACAAGAUGGCCGACAGGAUCAUAAACCUCACCCUACAGAUACUCUUCCGUCUUACUGGAGAGGUUUACACAGUAGUGAAGAAGUCCUCUAGUGGGCGCUGUCGGGCCCCUGUGUGUGAAGGACGGGGAAGAACCCUGAGCCCAAUCCCGGGGCCCCCACCUCACUCCCUGAUACAUGAGGAAAUGGAUGAACAGAAGAUCCUAGAACUGAUCAACAAGAUGAUGGAGCUGCUGACUGGAGAGGUUCCUAUAAGGUGUCAGGACGUGGCGGUCUAUUUCUCCAUGGAGGAGUGGGAGUAUGUAGAAGGACACAAGGAUCAGUACAAGGAUCAGGUGAUGAUGGAGGAUCAGCAGCCCCUCACAUCAGCAGAUGCCUGUACCAGCAGCUCACAACAUCUGAUGUCUGAAGAUUUAAAAACUGAUGAUGAUGAUAUCACACAAGAUACAUAUGAAGAGGAAGUCAUUAUCCCAGAUACACCCUCAGCCCUUCACAGCCAAGAGUUUUCAUCUGAUCCUUUCAAACAGGUUCUGUCUUCUGAUUCAUCACUGACUAAUCACAGGCAAAAUAUGAACCAGAGAUGGGGUGAUGCACAUCAAAGAGCCCUGAAAGAGGAGGAGUUAUCUGCAUGUUCAGAAUAUAAUGAAUGUUUUACUGUAAAAUCACAUCUUGUUCAACAUCAAAGAACUAACACAGGAGAGAAAACAUAUUCAUGUUCAGAAUGUGGGAAAUAUUUUACUCGGAAAUCAAAUCUUUUUAGACAUCAAAAAACCCACACAGGAGAGAAGCCACAUGCCUGCCCAGAAUGUGGGAGAUGUUUUAUUCAGCAUGGAGAUCUUGUUAAACAUAAGAGACUUCAUACUGGGGAGAAGCCGUUUGCUUGUACAGAAUGUGGGAAAUGUUUUUCUCAGCAAACAAGCCUUGUUUCUCAUCAGAGAACUCACACAGGGGAGAAGCCAUUUUCAUGUUCAGAAUGUGGCAGAUGUUUUACUGUGAAAUCAAGCUUUGUUGAACAUCAAAAAACUCACACAGGGGAGAAGCCAUAUUCGUGUUUAGAAUGUGGGAGAUGUUUCGCUAGAAAAUCAUGUCUUGUUAAGCAUCGAAUGACUCACAAAGGACAGAAGAAAUUUUUAUGUUUAUAAUGUGACAAAUGUUUUACUCUAUUUAGACAAAUUUUAAAAUAUCCAACAGACUUUUCACCCAGCUAUUGAGGCUAGACUAAGCAUUCAUCAGCACUUUUUUAGGGUGAUCGGUUCUAGAUUCUCACUCACCCUUCUCCUGCUAUAUACUUCACAAUCCCCUACUUCUCUCCUGGGCCUCAGGACAAGAUUUUGAGGGAGAUUUUUCAAUAAAAAAUGGUUAACGAGGGCUUGUGGAGGGAACCCUAUGCUUUUUUUUUUUUAAUAUAUAUUUAAUUAUUUAUACAAAAACGUGUGUGGUUCCCCCUAUUUUUGUUCUCAGCCAGAUACCAACCAAGCAGCAACAGCCUGACGUUACCACGGUUGGCGAGGACCAUUGUUACUGGCCCAGCCAGCCUAAAUAACGCCAGCCUGUUACCAUCUAGGCCCAGGAGCGCCAUUUUUGACGCUCCGGGCCUGUUGGUACCAUCUCUUCCUGGCACCCCUGUGGCGGUGGGUACCAAGGUAAUAAUUGGGGGUUAGCACUAGCUGUUUUUGGGGCUAAUGCUAAGCCCUCCUUAGUAAUGGACUCCGUCUAUAAGACAGUUUCCACUACUAAGCCUGUAAAGUAAAUUAAAAAAAACACACAUUUAUAAAACUUUUAUUUAAAAAAACACUCCCCAACAAGCUGCCCUCAUUAACUAUUUUAUUAAUAUUAACUCCUUAAGGACUAAGCGUUUUUCAGUUUUUGCACUUUCAUUUUUUCCUCCUUAACUUUUAAAAAUCAUAACCCUUUCAAUUUUGCACCUAAAAAUCCAUAUGAUGGCUUGUUUUUUGCACCACAAAUUCUACUUUGUAAUGACUUCAGUCAUUUCACCAAAAAAUCUACGGCGAAACAGAAAAAAUAAAUCAUUGUGCAACAAAAUUUAAGAAAAAACACAAUUUUGUAAUAUUUGGGAGCUUCCAUUUCUACGCAGCACAUUUUUCGGUAAAAAUGACACCUUCUCUUUAUUCUGUAGGUCCAUACGGUUAAAAUGAUACCCUACUUAUGUAGGUUUGAUUUUGUUGUACUUCUGAAAAAAAUUAUAACUACAUGCAGGAAAAUGUAUACGUUUAAAAUUGUCAUCUUCCGCUUACGGAGCAGUAUGAGGGCUCAUUUUUUGCGCCAUGAUCUGAAGUUUUUAUCGGUACCAUUUUUGUUAUGAACGCUUUUUAUAAAAAAUUUUAUGGUAUAAAUAGUGACCAAAAAUACGCUAUUUUGGACUUUGGAAUUUUUUUGCACGUACACCAUUGACCGUGGGGUUAAAUUAACGAUAUAUUUUUAUAGUUCGGACAUUUUCGCAUGCGGCGAUACCACAUAUGUUUAUUUUUAUUUACACAGU